AUGGCCAAAGCCAAAAAGAAGGAAGUCGACGACUUUUCGAGUGGUAUCUUCGCAAAGCUGACGGAGGAACACGGGCAAAGAAGUGCCGGCGAAGAGUUUGCAAACGAUGUGACCAUCCUCUUCUGUGGAUCGAAGAAGUCUGGCAAAACGUCACUAGUGGACCGGUUUAUCAAUCCGACCAAGGAUGAGAAGGACCAGCCGAAGGCAACAGUCGCUCUGGAUUACAAGUUUGCCCGCUACGCAACGGACGGGUCAUCGUCUAAAGUGCUGGCGCACAUUUAUGACCUUGGCGGCGACGAGGCGAAUGAAAAUCUUCUGGGUGUCCCCGUUUCAAAGGCAACUGUUGGAAACCUUGUAUUGGCGAUAACGCUGGACCUGUCGGAGCCGCACAGUUGUGUGCCGAACUUGGAGAAGUGGUUGCAGUUGCUGCGAAGCCACGUGGACAAGAGCUUGCAGAUGUUGGCACAGGAGAACCCACCUGGCUUGCUUCAUGUUGAUGCUCAACGAGCGUUGCGUGCAAAUGCUUACGCAGAGCAUCCAGAUCGCGGGUUCAUCACGCCAUUCCCGGUCCUAGGCUCAGUCGUGCAGUGCCGGGUCAAACGCAUCAAAGACAUGCGCAUGGUUGAGCGCCUAUUCUCUUGGCUCCGGCGUUCGGGCGUGCCGGGUUCACACAGACAUGGCAGAUUGCAAGCAUGA